AUGCUGUUAAUCGGAGUACCGGAUUUAGCCCGUUUUCAGAUAGUUUAUUCGUCUCAGCCCCCGGGCCCACAUGAUUUGAUGUCGCUCCCUGUUUCUGGAUCUGUUCCAAAGAGAGUCCAAGAUUUUGUGGAGGGUUUACAUGAAGUUCAUAAUGCUGUCUAUGAUAAUUUGACCCGAGCUAAUAUGAAGUAUAAUCAAGCUGCUGAUCAGAAGCGUAGACAUGUUGAUUUCGAGGAAGGUGAUUUUGUUUGGGCUGUUUUGACUGAAUAUCGUUUUUCAGUUGAGGAAUACAACAAGUUGUCGGCCAAGAAGAUUGGACCAGUUGAAAUCAUGGAGAAGAUCAAUCUGAAUGCAUAUCGUCUAAAGCUGCCUAGUCACAUUCGUUGUUCAGAUGUGUUUAAUGUGAAGCAUCUGUUGCCUUAUUAUGGUGAUUCUUCUGAUGAUGAACCUGUUGGUAAUUCGAGGGCGAAUUUUAUCUAUCCAGGGGGGAUGAUGCGGGCCCAAGUAUGGAGGAACGGGCUAUCUUAUAUAUCGAGGCCCAAGAUCGUGUGA